UACGAUGUCAAGUCAUGAUUCCAGGGUGCAAAGGGGCCAGUUAUUAGUUGGAAAUUUGGAAUAAAAGGACGAGCUCAACGUUGAUUAUUCUGACUGGUUGUAAAUUACGUUAGAAAAGGAAAUAAAAUACUAAAAUAUUGAUAACGAGUUUUAAAUUUUGAAAUUUUGUUUAAUCGAUUAAAACAAUGUUGAAUUGGAAACUUUGUCAAACUUAAUCAUCAAAAAUAUGAAAGCUGUCUAUCUGCCAUUGUUGGACCACAAACUUACUGAAACAGAUUUGAGAUGUUGAAUACUAUAAAAGUGUUUAAGAGAGAGUGAAAAACCCAAAUAUUAGCAUCCAUCCGAAUUGGGAAAGCGAGGAGACAGAAAGUUGUGCCCUUCCCGUCUUUGAAGGGAAGACAAGAAGAGAAAUGGGUGCUUCACAAUCAAUCUCAGAAAAAUCUAUCUAUGAAUUCACGGUCAAGGACGCCAAGGACAAAGACGUGGACCUCAGCAGCUUCAAGGGCAAGGUUCUUCUUGUAGUUAACGUCGCUUCAAAAUGUGGAUUUACGAAUUCCAAUUACACACAGUUAACUGAGCUUUACAACAGAUACAAAGACAAAGGUCUUGAGAUAUUGGCAUUUCCAUGCAACCAGUUUCUAAAGCAAGAGCCCGGGACCAGCCAGGAGGCAGAGGAAUUUGCCUGUACAAGAUACAAGGCUGAGUAUCCCAUUUUUAGAAAGGUACGCGUCAAUGGACCUGAUACCGCACCUGUCUACAGAUUCCUUAAAGCAAAGAAAUCUGGAUUUCUUGGUUCUAGGAUAAAGUGGAAUUUCACCAAGUUUUUGGUUGACAAGGAAGGGCAAGUCAUCCAGCGAUACGGUCCAACCACCUCACCGUUUGCCAUUGAAAACGAUAUCAAGAAGGCAUUGGGGGAGGCUUGAAAGACUCUAGAAUCACUUCAAAUUGGGCUCGUGUUGAAGAUACUUGGAACAAAAUAAAUGUAUAUUUUGUAGAUGUUUCUUCUAGUGAAUAUUUAUUACAUAUUUCAUGGCUAGGUUUUGUUUGUUGUAUUAUUAUUCUGUUUUGGCCUUGUGAUAGUAGUCGAUAUUUACAUGUUGAUUGAUGAACAUUGGUUUGAGUUGUUAAAUGUUUGUGGAAGCAUAAACGGAAAUGUGAAUUGCUCUUGGCUUGUAAAUGUAGUAGCCAUGCAUGGCAGUAUGUACAUAACCGAAGCCAGCAGGUUUUAGGCUUGCAGCCUAUAAAGUGAAAUAACAUUUUUUU